GAUCUACACAAAAAAGUAGUUCAUCAGGUCAAGAAAUAUUAUAAAUGUUACAUAUCUAUUUCGUCAGAGGAGGACUGCAUGUAUUGGUAUAAUUUUCUGGCUUACCAUAUGGCAGGUGCCAAUAUGCAUGAUGAGCUAUGUGAUCUCAUGUUCUCAUUAGAUUGGAUUAAAAUAAAAACAGAACGAGUAGGGCCUGCUCAUUUGAUUCAUGAAUAUGUUGAAUACAGUAAAAUACUGGAUCAGAAGCAUCCUAAUACACGUGAAAACUUCCAGGAAUUUUUGUCCUUGAAUGGGCAUCUCCUUGGACAUCUUCAAUUUGUAGAUAUUGUACAGCUGGGUCUGUGUCAGCCAGAAAAUUCAGAAGUGUAUCGACAAGCAAAAUUGCGAGCUCAGCAAGAACUUAGUAAAGGAUCUCUUUAUGUGGAAUGGAUCAAUAAAACAUCAGUGAAGAACAUGUACCGUUUGGUUGUACAUUCACAUACAGAUGCCGUUUACCAUGCUUGUUUUUCCCAAGACCAUCAACAAAUAGCUACAUGUGGAGCUGAUAAAACUUUGCAGGUAAAAGUUUAUGGUAUCAGCACAACAAGAUAUCAAUUAUAUAUAUUAUUUAUCAAUUGAUGCAUGCAUAUUUUAAAAAUCAUAUUUUCAAAUUGAUGUUGUUGGAAAACUGCCAGAUGGGCUAGAAGAAGGGGUCAAAUUAGGGCAUAGCUUGGAGUCCUUGCCCAGCUGUAAAUGGCAGAAGCUUGACUUCCCCCAAAAUCCAUGAAAUCGUAUCCUUUCAUUGCAGGGGAAGACAAUCUGAGAUUAUUAUAACAUAGGUGAUAGAUAAUAAAGUUACUGACUUUGUUAUUCAUGAUUGAUUCUGGUUGCUUGCCACUGAUAAAUCUUUUGAUAUCAAUUGUUCUGAACAUUAAAGAAGGAAAGAUGGAAGAGUUACCCAGUUUGUUUAAUUGGUAACAUAAGGAGCCCUCCAUUUGGAUUUUUUAAAAUGAAAUGUAAUUCCUGAUGUGGUUUUGUUGUAGAAUACCAUCUGGUUCCAGAGAUAUACUGCACUGUUACCCAUUUUCUACCAACUUAAACUGAUACAUGUUCAAGAUGCUUGAAAUAAAAGAAGUAUUAUUUUUUAUGCUCUAAAAUAACCUAGAGAAACAAUCGUAUUUUAUUUGUAUCAUAUGUUUAACUCCCCUUGUGUUUUUUUAUCUUGUGUGCUUGAUAGCAGGUUCUUACAUGUAACUAAAGUUUGCAGGUUGGUUACAGUUGUCCAGUGCUUAGGUUUUCAUGUAUUCCUUGCUUUUGAAAUGUUACCUAUUAUGUGAUUUACAGGUAAUCCUCAACGUAU